AAUAUGGACCCAUAGGAUCUUCCCAUUCUUUGAACCUUCCUGAAAUUUCUGUAUGCAAGCACAGUAGUAGUAGCAUCGUAAACAUUGGACACUCAGAGGCAGAUGGAGAAAGGUUUCUGAGAUCUAGAGUCCUGGAUUCUCGCCUUAAUUUUAGGACAACACAGUGGGUUCUCUUGCUUCACGGGUGUUUUUAUGUUGUUGCAGAUAAGUGGCUUUGCUUUCUUCUCUAUUUGAUCAAACUUAAGCACUGCUUUUCUGUUGUCUUGUCUUGUUUUUCUUGAAUGUUCGGGUGCCUUUCCUAUUUCAUUACUUUAAAUUUCGAAGUGGGUGCCUUAAUAAUGAGUAUUUCAGUUUUUGUCUAGAGUUUAAGUUUCGAAGAUGGGUUUAUGAUUUUGUUUGGCUUGUGAGAAUCCAAGAUGCAUGCUCGAUGAUCUAGGUAACUCAAGAGGAGAAAAAAAAACGAAGAAAGAAAUGGGUUUGCUUUAUUUUAGCUUGCUCAAAGUGUAAACCAUAGAUUGCUAUCGGUUUUUUUUGCAUAGCCAAGAAGGUGAUUUGAAAGGGGGAAAGGGGUCUAUCGGUGUGAUCUAAAUUGUUGUUUUAAAUAAUAAAUGGAAGGGAAUUUGUCUCAAGGAGGUAUGAUUCCUGGCGGGGCUCCUUUUGGAGGCCCUGACUUGCAAGGAUCAAUGAGAGUUCAUCAUCAAGGGCAACAUCCACACAUUGUGCACCACCACCAGCAUCCUAUCCAUCGCCAAGGAUCUUCAACGCAUCCCUCAGUUCACGAUGGUUUUCCACUCACAAUGGGGGCCAUGCACAAAUCUGAUCAAAACAUGUCCAUGACGGAUUACAAUAAAGGAGAUGGGAGGAAAAAUUCAGUCAGUGAUGAGGAUGAGCCAAGCUACACCGAAGAAGGUGCUGAUGGUCACAGUGAUGUAAGAAGAGGGAAAAAAGGGACUCCGUGGCACCGUGUUAAGUGGACUGAUAAGAUGGUGAGGCUCUUGAUAACUGCCGUGUCUUAUAUCGGUGAGGAUGCGACUUCAGAUUGUGGUGGUGGAAUGCGUAGGAGAUUCACAGUUUUGCAGAAAAAAGGCAAGUGGAAAUCAGUUUCAAAAGUCAUGGCUGAAAGAGGUUUUCAUGUUUCUCCACAGCAGUGUGAGGAUAAAUUCAAUGACCUUAAUAAAAGGUAUAAAAGGCUCAAUGAUAUGCUUGGGAGGGGCACUUCUUGUCAGGUUGUGGAAAACCCUGCACUUUUAGAUGUUAUAGAUUAUUUAACAGAGAAGGAUAAGGAUGAUGUUAGGAAGAUAUUAAGCUCAAAGCAUCUCUUCUAUGAAGAAAUGUGUUCCUAUCAUAAUGGAAAUAGGUUGCACCUGCCUCAUGAUCCAGCUUUGCAGCGUUCCCUACAGUUGGCUCUAAGAAGUAGAGAUGAUCAUGACAACGAUGAUGUAAGGAGAAACCAGCUUGAUGAUCUUGAUGAAGAUGAUCAAGAGAUUGAAACUGAUGAUCAUGAUGAAUUUGGGGAGAAUCAUGCUUCCCAUGGGGAUAGUAGGGGCAUACAUGGGGUAUUAGGGGGUUCUGCAAAGAGACCGAGACCAGGCCAGGGCCAUGAAGAUGUUUAUUUUGGGAAUUCAUCUCAGGACCCUAAUAAAGGGUCUUCUUAUUCUCAUCCACAGAUUGCCCAAGUUGAUAUGAAUCAAGUCUCUCCUGAAAGUUCAAGAGCAUCCUGGUUGCAGAAGCAGUGGAUGGAAUCUCGCACACUUGAGUUGGAAGAACAGAAUCUAAAAAUUCAACAAGAGAUGCUGGAAUUGGAAAAACAGCGAUUCAAAUGGCAAAGAUUUAGUAAGAAAAGAGACCGUGAACUAGAAAAACUGAGGAUGGAAAAUGAGAGGAUGAAGCUUGAGAAUGAGCGGAUGACAUUAGAGUUGAAACGCAAGGAAAUGGGUGCUGAUUUUAAUUGAUUUUCCGGUCAUGUCAAUUUUGUUCAUCUCAAUAGCUGGACUUGCAUGCAAAUCAAUUUUCUGUUUUUGGUUUAGAGAGGAAAAAGAUGUUUCACUUUUGGGAGAAGCCAGAGUGUGCAGGACUUGACCUUGAUUGGUGAUUAGUUGGCGAUGAGCUGCAGCUGAACUGGACUGAUUGUUAGUACUAGAUGAAUUGUUCAUUCAUGGCGACAUGGUGUGAUCGAACAAUUUUUGUGUGGAAGAGUAUUGGUCUGGUUCUGAAAUAUGGCACACUGCCAUCUUUGAGGAGCUUGGUUGAUGGCUCAGUGCCCUAAAAAAAGCCAAGCUUUUGGGUUGCAUAGUGGUCUUUCAUUUCUCAUUGGGUACAGAGUUGCAAACAAGUGUGAAUAUCAAUUGGUGCUUGGCGUGUACUAUUUCUGCUGUUAAAAGUACUGUUGGAGCAACAAUACUUGUUCCUCUGUUUGUUGACAAUUACUGGCAGUCGAAACUUGAGUUACCGAGGAUCAGAGACCAAUUGCCAGUUGGUCUGAUGACACUGCCCCCCCUUGAAAUCAAGAUGGAGUUUAUGAUCCUGGAUAGUUUGAGUGGUCAAAGAAAGCAUAAAGAGAAUAGUUUUUUUGGCAGCUAUAAAUCACUCGCUUGAACCAAAUCUAUCAAAUGGAGUCGAGUUCACUUGAUGUAGAUCAUAUUAUUGAAUGAUGAAGGCCUAGACUGUAACCAGUUUGUCCUCACCUGCUCAACUGACUAUCAUCCAUAAUUAAAAUUAAAAUUCUUGAUAUCUCUUGCAGAAUCGUACAUCAUAACUCUAUGAUGUGGGACAAUAAACUAAAGAAAGAUAGAAGUAGAGAAAGAAAAGAAGCCAAGGUUAAAAGCAAGGAAAGAAAAGCUAGGAAAAAGAGAGAAUUGUAAAGGAAAUCACGUAGUUGUAACUGCAUUGAUCUCUAUCACUAGAUCAGCAGUAACAGUUAUUGAUUUCUAUUCUUAGAUUAGCUAUAUCUUAUCUCCUGUAUCACUCUCAUCUUAUCUUACGUUGUAUAGUCCUACAUAUACUGCACUUCUCCAAUCCUAUAAAUAUAGGAUGCAUUGUUAAUAAAGAAUUUGUCUUUUCUGUAAAA